AACUAUGAUAUCAGCAAUGACGUCACUUCUGGUAUCGCGUGGUAAAUGUGCACUGUACAUUUCAGUCAUCCGCAGACGCUCAAGGCGGGAUCACGUACCUUAUUAAGAGAGCGAAGAAGGAAAUGACAAUGUCACACUCAGUGACCAUUAGAACUCAAACAGUAACGAGCAGUUCCACUGCAAUUAUUGUCAACACCGGUUACUUAAAAUCAUGGAGUGGUCUGUUUAAAUUACUUGAAUUGACACUUGGAAUAGUAUGUGUGGCAAUCGAAGGGCAUCACAUUGAAGCUUAUUGGAUCACCGCUGAACUAUUUUUCCUUUUAAUAACAACCACAUUUAUGAUCGGUACCUUCGUAUUGCUUCUAAGUUGCCUAAUUUCCCUAUCAACGUCCAGUAUCAUUUCAAAGACCGUUUAUGAACUUCUUUAUCAUGCUAUAGCGUUUGGAUUGUAUUUAGCUGCGUCGAUAACAUUCAUAGCAGCUGUGUCUGAUAGAAAGUAUCAUCAAAGGGAAUACGAACUACUAAUGGCAGCUGCAAUUUGCGGUCUCGUAAAUUCAGCGCUGUAUCUUAUCAGUACGAUUAUCGCACUUCGGACGUACAGAGGACUAUGAGCAUUUUACACGCAGUGCCCUGCACCAAGAAUUCAGACACGUUUCGAAAUCAUACAUUCGACUGUCGUGUUUCAUAUAUGUAUCUAUUUUUCUCGUAAAUCAUCGACGAUACUUUCGAUGUCGAGCAUUGUGCAACGCAACGCUUUUUUAUACAGUGACUUCGAAAAUUUGAUAAAAGAGAUACUUUUUCUAUUUUGUAUAUUUUAAAUAUAUUUAUACAGUAGAAAGACGCGAGAUUUCCUAGCCGUUAGAUCAUCCAGCUUUUCAAGACGUAUUUCUAAACAAAACUAAUUAAAAAGCAGAUAUUUAUACGAAUUUAUAUUCUUGUCACUGUACUUUUACUUUUGUCGUGUUCAAAGAUACUCAAGGUCGUAAGGUUCACGCAGAUCAUGCCAUUGAUAUUCAAGACUAUUUGACGGCCAAGGUAAAAGCGGACGAUUCUCAAGCAUGUAUUACGAGUUAAGGUCGCUCGAAUAUCCUUGCAAUCGUUGAUAGUAUCGCAGGUAAAUUCCAAUGUAAUGGCAAGAGGGCAACUUGCGUUCUUUCAAAGUAAAGCGU